AUGCAGAGACAAGCCUUCAAAGAAGCGGAGCAAUGCUACGCCCAGGCCCUGACGUGUAGAUCCGAUGCUGCUGUUUUUUGCAAUCGUGCCUUCGCCCGACUGCGCUUGGAGCGUUGGCAAGCAGCAGAGGAAGAUGCGACUGCGGCGCUUCAGUUUGAUUUGGAGGAGAAGUUGAGGAUCAAGGCACUAUUCCGACGCGGCCUCGCUCGGGAGGCUUUAGGCCACCUGCAAGCUGCCAGCGACGACCUGAACGCAGCACUCAAAGCCGCGCCUGGAAAUGCUUCCAUCUCGGAAUCUGCCCGGCGCCUCUACAGCAAACUGCCUCGGCUGGCUCACAAAUGGGUGCCGGGGCAACCCUUUCACAGCUCUGCGGUGGAAGCCUUGGCGAGUGCGAUUCCGGGCAGCGUCGUGGGCUAUUUGUGGACGCAAAGCCAUCCAUGCAUACGCUUCCCGAACCACAUGGCCGUGCAAGCCCACGAGCGUACGGGCGGCUUGCUGGCUCUUCGUGAGAGCCUGGGUGCCCCUGAGCGCGCCCCGAGGCACAAAGAAGUCGCGACAAAGAAGCACGACUUCUCCGAGUCACCCAAUUUUCAGCACAAAGACGGGCUGAGUGUGGAAUACGAUGUUGGUGGGAACUUGGCCAAGAUAUAUUCCAAGUUUGCAGAGGACUAUGCCGGUCCCUUCAUGGCCUUCAACGCCGACGCAUCAAUCAGCUUGCGCGAGACCUGCGUCUACAAGGAAGGCCGGGUUGUGAGCAAGCUCAAGUCAGACAUUCCGGAGGACUUCGUGGCUAAAGCACUCCGAAUGCGAGGGCCUAAUCGCGGAAAUCAGCGGCUGCAAAGAUGGCGAUCCGUUGUGCGUCAAGCUGCGACUCGCUAUUUCUCUACCUGUGUGCCUUGA